GUGCGCUUCUCAGAGUGCAGAGACGGCCUGCGACGGCGCACGUGGCUCAAGCGAAAGGGUUCUAAGCUGAAGUCCCGAAGUCCCGAAGUCCUCUCGCUGGAAAUGGCAUGACAGAGGUGCCUGAAGGAGGCUCAGGAGCCUCAGGAGGGGACGGUGGCAAGGCCGAGGCCAAGGACGCCAAGGCCACCAAGGCCGCCAAGACUCGGAGACAGCUUCUGGAGGCCUACUCUUCCAGGGAAGAGUCACACCGACAGCGACAUUUCGACUUCUGCGCCAAGCAGGUGCUGUCGGUGUACACCACCUUUCCGCGGCCCUUCUUUCCCAGCGAAGACUUCCGCAACACGGUUCGACCGGGCACCGGACCCAAGCCCAGGGAGCCCAUGGAGCCCAGGGAGCCAAAAGAGGAGGAAGAAAAGCAGAAGCCCGAGCCAAAGGAGCCCAAGGAGCCGAAGGAGCCGAAGGAGCCGAAGGAAGAGCCCGACGCGUCCAAGGACUUCAGGGAAGCCAAGGUUCAAGUCACGGAGCCAUUGCGACCCCAGUCACAAAGGGCCUGGGGCUGCUCGCCACGCUUCCGGAGCUUUGAGGCUUAUCACUCACCCUGCGCCGAGGCAAGCCGCGACAAGGUUCUGAAGUCGGUGCCGGCGUGGUCCUUUGCGAGGAAUGACGUGGGCUUACGCGAAGGAGCUCAGAGGCCCCGGCCAGAGCGCGCCACGGAUUUCCGGCGGCUGCGCGACGCGGUGGCCUUGGACGAGGCCUGGCUGGAGGUGCGGCGGUGACGCGGUGAGACGUCGAAGAGCGCGUGCUCGCACAUGUGGCACAUGUGGCACAUGCCCGCCUGUCUCGAAGAGACUGCGAGCGGGAGCCUUCGAAGGGGCUUUUCCUUUUGCUCCUUCGGCCCAUCGGGAACCUCCGCCUUAGGCCCAGUGCAGGGCGGCAGGAAAGUGUCCGAGCCAGG